AUCCCCGCUCCCUGCGAGGCGGUGGCGGUGCGGUCGCAUCGCUCUUCCGGUUACGGGAGGUGGGGGGGGGGGGGGGGGGGAGGGGGGCAGCGCUUUCCUCUCCCCCCACGUAAUUAAUUUGGGGGGAGGGUCCGUAUUAAUUCCAGGGGGGGGGAGGGGGGGGGCGAUGCGAUGGCGGCGGCGCUGCUGCGGGUGGGGGCGGCGCUGAGCACCAUGGCCAUGGUGACACAGUGGGUGUCGCAAACGCUGCCGUCUCUCGUUGGGCUCAACGGGACCGGAACGGCGAGGGGGGGAACGUCGGAACGGAUCACGCUGUUCCGCAGUCCCGACGAGUCGUGGCAGCUCUACACAUCUGCCCGGGCUCCGGACGGGAAGUGCGUCUGCACCGCCGUCAUCCCCAGCAGGGGGCGCUGCGACAGCGACGGCAGCGCGGGGAGACUGCGGCUGCUGAGCGAGAGGGUGCAGAACGUGUCGCAGUCGGUGGAGGUGUUGGAUCUGCGCACCGAGCGGGACCUGCAGUACGUGCGGGGCAGCGCUGCGCUGCUGGACGGCAUUGAGGCCCAACUGAGCGCAGCGCAGAGCCUGAGGGGGCUGAGCCCAAAGGGCUUCCAGGAGCUCCAGCAGCGCAUGGCCCUGCUGCGCCCGCUGCCCCCGGUGUUGGCUCAGUACCGCAGCGACGCGCGGCGCAUCGCGGAGCUGCGGGGGGAGGUGAGGAACCUCUCGCAGGUCCUGGCAGCUUUAAGGAGCGACGUGGGAGCCUACGGCUACGAGGAGCUGCGGCAGAGGGUGCUGCUGCUGGAGGGGAGGCUGCAGCGCUGCAUGCAGAAGCUGGGCUGUGGGCGCCUGACGGGCAUCAGCCCCCCCAUCACCAUCCGCGCUUCGGGGUCGCGAUUCGGGUCCUGGAUGACCGACGCCGUCACACCCAGCAGCGACAGCAGGGUGUGGUUCCUGGACGGCUAUUCCAGAGGCCGCCGCGUUUUGGAGUUCCGCUCCCUGCAGGACUUCGCUUCGGGGCAGAACUUCGUGCAGCACCUCCUGCCUCAGCCGUGGGCCGGGACGGGGCACGUGGUGUACAACGGCUCCCUGUACUACAACAAAUACCAGAGCAACGUGGCCGUGCGGUACCACCUGGGAUCCCGCAGCGUCGUGGCUCAGCGCAGCCUCCCCGGCGCCGGAUACAACAACACCUUCCCCUAUUCCUGGGGGGGUUUCUCCGACAUCGACCUCAUGGCGGACGAGGGGGGGCUGUGGGCCGUCUAUACGAGCAAUCAGAAGGCGGGGAACAUCGUGCUGAGCCGCCUGGACCCGCACACCUUGGAGGUGUGUGAAAUGGGGGGCUGUGGGGGGUUAAUCUCUGCCGCCCCCCUGAUGGCCGUUGUUGGUAGGGCAGGUUAA